GUUUGGCUUCAGCUGUAGAUUCAAAAUAUUUAGGCCUUUCAUGUUCAAAUCAGAUGGAAUUCCUCUAAUUGUGGCCUCAUAAUUUUAUUAAAGGAUUGAUGUACCAGAGGCAGAACACGGACCUAUUUUGAUUCGGAGUCCGAUGUCAGAAGUAUUCACAAACCUCCUGGAGCCUAAGCCGGGAGGAAGCCAAUGAUUGGAAAACCCCAAAGUCUGUUCGCCAUCACUGACAAACUCACUAGGUAUCUGCCAGUCAGAGUCCUGGGACCGAACGACGGUGCAGCAUUCUUAUUCUCAGUUACUAGACAACAUGGCUCCCAAUCACAAGCUUUCCGAGGCAUCUGUCGAUGAAGAAUAUCUCACGGGGAAGAACUACCCGGCUAAGGACGGGAGGUUCUGGCUCUGGUUUUUGGUGGGAACGCUGCUGAAUGUGUGCAUCAUCGCGGCCUCAGUCGGCCUGACUGUGAUGUACGUCCACACGGAGCUGCAGUCACUCAAGGACCAGAUGCAAAUUCACGAAGAGCGUUUGGCAUGGUUGGAAAGUGACUCGUCGAAACAAGACGCCGGGGGAAAGGACGUCCCAACUUGGAAGUAUGCCCAGUUGCGAACGAGACGAGAUCGGCAGCCUCAAGUGUCGUCUGGCCGCAGCGGCCAACGAAAUGAAACGCACCUUCCGGGUUACGCAGGACCAAGAAAUGCAGGUGCUGCUUUAUGCCGGGACGGUCGUGAUGGGAGAGACGGUAAGGAUGGACAGGACGGGGCCCAGGGCCCAGCGGGACCGGCCGGCCCAACAGGAAUCAAGGGCGAAAAGGGAGAUCCUGGCAUUGAUACGGAUCGAGGCUCAUCAGAAAUGAUGUUGCACAGACGGGCCAAGCGAGAUCUAGGCGACGGCAAUUCAUCACAUACAGCCGAAAAUCGGGAGUCGGGCGCGCAUGACGUGUAUCCCACCUUGAGGCCGUCUGGGGGAGAGACGUACGUCCGAUGGGGGCGCACUACUUGCCCAAGUGAUAUAAACACGGAGCUCGUUUAUGCAGGUAUUGCCGCAGGCGCGCAUUAUAGUCACAAGGGAGGUUCUGUUGAUUUCUUCUGCCUUCCGUCUGAACCGGAGUGGUCGGCCUCUCACAACGACGGGCUCAACUCCAACUCCUUCCUGUACGGGAUGGAGUACGAAGUUUCCGCUUUCGAUCCCUUCUCCCACGAGAACGCGGAGUUCCUGCACAACCGUGACGUCCCGUGCGCCGUGUGCCGUCUCACGGACCGCGGGACCCAGCACCUCUUCCCGGCCAAGCUCGGCUGCCCGGAGAACUGGACAGAGGAAUACAGAGGCUUCCUUAUGUCCGGACACCACGGCCACGAGCAGCGAUCCAAAGCCAUGUGCGUGGACGAGGCGCCCGAGGCGAUCCCCGGCAGUCAGACCAACCAGGACGGCGCGCUGCUCUACAUCAUUGAGGGGCGUUGUGGCUCCCUCCUGUGCCCCCCUUAUGUCGAAGGGCGUGAAAUAACAUGCACAGUCUGUAGCAUCUAGAAAUCAAUGCACGGUCUUUGUACCCAAUCCCGUCUUGAAAUCACUUUGGUACAAGAGGGCGUCAGUAUACAAGUUACUACAUUAUAUAACCUUUUUCAUAUAGAUUUGGCGCUGGUUCCCAUUUAACCACGAGUCUCUUAAAUUAAAGGGACCUUGCGUAGAUUUUUUUCUUAGAGCAUAGUUUGUGCAACAUUCUACUCCUUGUAAAUGUAUGAAAAUUAUUAUUUUGAUAUCCUUCUUUGGUCAAUUUUAUUGAAAUGUACACUUCUGUAAAUAUUUAAAAUUGUCCAUACUUUUCUGGACA